UCGCCAUUUUCACACCCCCAUCACCGGCUCUCCCUGUUUCCCGGUUCACAUCUUCGCGUAUCCCUCCGCCACGUGUCCUUCCCCUUGUUCCUAUAAAUACGCCAACCAUCCCGUUUCCCUCGUCUUUCUUAUCCUUCACCAACAUAAUUCCAACCUGAAAAUUUUCUCUCAUCUUUUUUUGUCUCAUUUCAAAUUUCUCUAAUAUUUUCUUGGAUGACAAACGAACAGGGAGGCACGAUGGUAGCAGAGCCUUCUGGUUUUCACCGGCCCAGUUUCGGAGCUCUACUGCACUCCGAUCCAACGUCGUUUUGCUCUAGCAGCUACGAAAGCGAGGAUUCGACUUCGAGCCCGUUUCGCUACGCCGACAGCACCACCACGAGCAACGUUAGUUCUCCUUACCUGAUGUCUCCGUGGAACCCGGCGGCCUCGCCGUACAACAAAUCUCCCUGGUUGCUGUCGUCGCCGAUGCGUGGAUAUAAUACCUACGGCGACGACCACGACGUCCAAAAUGUGCUCAUCAAGUCACUCAUCCGCGAGGAGGGUAACAUAUAUUCUCUGGCGAUUUCUGGGGAUUUGUUAUACACCGGAACCGAUAGCAAAAACAUCAGGGUCUGGAAGAAUCUCAAGAGCCACGGGGGCUUCAAAUCGAGCAGUGGACUGGUGAAAGCCAUUAUUAUAUCCGGCGAGAAAAUCUUCACCGGCCACCAGGACGGAAAGAUCAGAGUAUGGAAGAGCUCACAGAAAAUUCCUGGCUAUCAUAAACGCAUUGGAACUUUGCCCACUUUCAAGGACUAUGUCAAAAACUCGACGAAUCCUAAGAACUACGUGAAUAUCCGGAGGCACAAAAAGACGCUGAGAAUCAAACAUUUCGACGCUAUUUCGAGCCUGAGUUUGGACGAAAAUAAUGGGCUGCUAUACUCGGGCUCGUGGGACAAAACUUUAAAAGUGUGGCGGAUAUCGGAUUUCAAAUGCUUGGAAUCUAUCCAGGCACAUGACGACGCUGUGAACUCGGUGGUGACCGGGUUCCUGUGCUUCACCUUGACCGGUUCGGCGGACGGGACAGUGAAGAUGUGGAGGAGAGAGACCACGUGGGAAGGGAAGACCAAGCACGUCCUUGACCGGAUUCUGUUGAAGCAGGAGAACGCUGUAACAGCUCUGGCGGUGAACACAUGGUCGACGGUUAUAUAUUGCGGAUCGUCGGACGGGAUGGUGAACCUGUGGGAACGUUAUCCGAAGAACAACCUCAGGCACGGCGGUAUCCUGAGAGGUCACAAGCUCGCGGUUCUAUGCUUAGCCGCCGGGAAGAACCUGGUGUUCAGUGGGUCGGCGGAUAAGAAUGUUUGCGUGUGGAAAAGGGAGGUGAAUGGGUCCCACACGUGCCUUUCGGUUCUGACGGGCCACACCGGACCCGUAAAAUGCAUAGCUGCUGAGCAAGAAGAACCAGAAGAGAACAAACACCAGAGGUGGACGGUUUACACGGGGAGCCUGGACAAGUCCGUAAAGGUGUGGCGCGUGUGUCCUCACGCUCCGGAUACGAGGACAGGACAGGGCUUGGGAAGUAACACGCACGGUCCUAAGAUCCCAUCAGCGGAGAGAGUGAGCUUUCCUUCGCCUGUAAUGAGUGGGAGAAACGGGAAAGAAAGCAAGAUGCGUUCAUGGGUGUGAAAAUGGAUGAAGGAGGCGACGAUACGCUAGUUGAAUGGCGGUGAUGGCCGCGCGUGAAUCUAGAUGGGCGGUUUGGCGGGCAAGUGGGCCUCGAGUAAAAUUUAAUGGUCCGUGAUUGGUGAAGCGUGGGAAGUCACAACCAAAUAGCUUAAUGGGGAAGGGACUAAUAGGAAACAGACACGUAGGUGACAAUGUUAAGCAAGAGCAUCGCCAGAAGAUACGGAGACACGGGCGCACGCCUGGGACUCUUAACAACCUUUAAUUUGUGUGUUGGGAUCCAGUGAAUGGUUUCCAAGUUUUGGGUUGAGGAAGAAGUGAUGUUAUUUAGUAAUACUCUAGCUAUUAUAGUGGUUAGAGUUUGUGUAAAAUGUAAAUGUAUUAUGGACCGCGACCUGGUUGUGAAUAAUAGUAAUAACAGUGUAAAGUUAAUGAUUGAGAAAA